ACAGGUGGAAAAGCUGGUUGUUUCUUGAAGCUCCAUUGGAGCAGGAAUUUCUUCGCAGAGUUCGGAGCUCUCAUUGGUUCAUUUUGGCCAAUGAGAGUGCAACACGUUUUAGUUUGUUGUCGGAUGUGCAAGCGCGGCGCGUCGCCACACUCAUGCUGUGUGCAUAUCAUGAAUCUUCUCUUGUGUUGUAACAUGGGAGUUCCAGCUAAAGGAAAAAUUCACAACUAAAAAUACGAUAAAUUAGCAAUGCGCGUGGUUGUUUAUCGUUAUUAGUUACGCGUCGAGUCAGCGGGAUUCUGUAAAAAAUCGAACACGUAUUGCGAAAUUCGCAAAUUAUUUUGUUAAAUUAAAAAUCAAAUAGAAAAUUUGGAAUUUCGGUAACCAAUGACGAGUAUUUUGGAUUUUUUGAGCACCAAUAAUGACAUUGAAAAAGAAAAUCAAUUGCAAUCGCCGCAAAUUACCACCUGCGGUGUAAAAUUACAUCCCACUAAUAAAGGAGUGCCCCGGGAGUGGCGUCAACCCUAAACUCCAUUAACAAAAUUGGCAUGGCGAGUUUUCGACCGAACCCCAACAAAGACGCGGAAAUUUGGAUCGAGAGGCCACUCUCGGACGAUUUGGGCUUUCGCAUUUGGCACCUGCUCUUCUUUUGUUUCUCUGGCGUGACCGUCUUAGUAAUCUUAAUAUGCUGUUGCGUUAAAAUUCGAGUACCGCGCACCAAACAGGAGAUCGAGGCCGAUUAUCAGCGCAAAAAGAUCACGGUGAAAUUUCGCGAGAAGCUGAAGUUGAUACAGAAUCAGGAGAUGGACGCGAUGGAUUUGAAGCGCGUUUUAGCGCUCGAAAUUAUACAGGAGGAUUUGAGGAAUGAGAAUCGGAAUAUCGACGAGCAAUACCUUGGAAAAACCAGGAACUGUGGUGAAGGUGGUUGUAAAUUUGUUGUAAUUCGUGACAAUUACAGGUGUGAGUGACGAGCUGGGGAUAUCCGGCGCUACGCGUCAUGGGGAAAUAAAACCACGCUAGGAAAUAAUUUUUAUAUUACAUAACUGCAGAUUAUUUUACAAAACAAUGCUCGACAGGAAUGAGUGAAAUGAGUUUCGACAUGUUUUUACAGCAGAAGCUAAGGACUAUACAUGAAAUAUCUAAAAUAUACUGUUAACUAUAUUUGUUUGAACGCUUACGUAACUAAUAAUUGUAUUUAUCGUGUUGGAGAAAAACUUUUUCCUAGACAUGGGAUCAAUCCAUUUCAACUCGCUCUGGUCAACAUGCGAGACCUUUCUAGGUCUCAGGUCAACAUACUAAAUUUCAUUGGCUUAAGUUGAAGAGAAAAGACAGAUUUGAAAUGGAAUAGCCCAAAAGCGGGAAACACAAUUUAUGUAUAAGCAUAGAGCACCCGUAAUAAGAAUAAAACAAUUGCACAACCGAGAAAUCUGUAAUCGAGGAGACAUCGUUUGUGCCCAUUCACUCACCAGGAAGCACGUUUAAAAUGUUAACUAUAUGUACAAAUCGAAUUACUCGGCGAAUCCCGUCGUCGCGCUUUGAGCACGCCGCGACGGUACAUUCCCGAUUUACUAAUUUAAACUACACUACUCUCGA